GUUGGUGGUUGAGGGACUUCAAUGCAAUCUCAAAUCAAAACCACGACGCUAGCUUUUUGGGGUUAUAAAAAGACCCCAUUCUCAUCAGACUUUCCCAAACCAAGUUUCCCAAAAAAAAAAAACAGAAAGGCGAGAGAAUAUGGGGAAGGGAAGUGGGAAGAGGAUUGCUGCUGUGGUGUUGUGUUUGGUUUGUUUUCAGGUUCUGGCGGGGAGUGUUUUGGCGAGGGAUUUUGUGGGGAAGUAUGAGGAGGAGAAGAAGGGGUUCCGUAGGGGCGGCGGGUUCGGCGGCGGCGGCGGGUUUGGUGGAGGCGGAGGGUUGGGCGGCGGUGGCGGGCUGGGAGGUGGGGGUGGAGCGGGUGCAGGUGGCGGGUUUGGUGGCGGCGGAGGGUUGGGCGGCGGCGGCGGGUUAGGAGGCGGCGGCGGUUUAGGUGGUGGGAUUGGUAAGGGUGGUGGACUAGGCGGCGGCAUUGGCAAGGGCGGGGGAAUCGGCGGUGGGAUCGGAAAAGGUGGAGGACUUGGCGGCGGAGCAGGUGGUGGGAUCGGAAAAGGUGGAGGUCUAGGUGGCGGAAUAGGUAAGGGAGGUGGGCUUGGGGGCGGCGCCGGUGGUGGGAAGGGCGGGGGACUUGGCAAGGGCGGAGGACUUGGUGGUGGAGCCGGCGGAGGUGCUGGUGGUGGGUUUGGCAAGGGAGGAGGACUCGGCGGUGGUGCUGGUGGUGGAGCCGGCGGAGGUGCUGGAGGUGGGUUUGGAAAGGGUGGAGGAAUAGGAGGAGGAAUCGGCAAGGGAGGUGGAUUCGGCGGUGGAGCCGGCGGCGGGGCUGGUGGAGGAGUAGGAGGAGGUGCCGGCGGUGGAGGAGGGUUCGGCGGCGGCUCGGGUGGAGGAAUUGGGGGAGGAUUCGGGAAAGGCGGUGGGAUCGGUGGAGGAGUGGGCGGCGGGAGCGGAGGUGGAGGUGGGUUUGGAGGAGGCGGCGGAGCAGGGGGUGGAUUCGGUGGUGGCGGCGGUGCCGGAGGCGGGUGGGGCGGCGGACAUUAGUAAAACGGCGGUGAUCACGUCCCCCUCUCUUGUCGUCCAUGCAUGCAUGCAUGCACGCAUUUGAUAGGAGGAGCUCAUGAGGAGAUCCAAUCCAAUGAGGAACUGAACAAAAAAGGGAUUUACAGUCGUUAAUUAAUAAUUAUUCCAAUUCUGAAUUCAUGUGUUUCUUUCCUCUAUUUUAUCACCUCUGUAUUGUAAGAGACUAAGAGUUAUUGUAAUUCGACUAAAAAUGUUUUAUAUUAUCAAUUAUAAUCUCCUCAUUGUUUAUUUGAAGAAGUAAUCAAUAUCACACCUACUUGUUGCACACCACACUUACCACAAAUACCGUGCCACAUGCAUAAUUGCAUUAAUGAGCAUAAUAUGGUUAAAAAAUAAAAAUGAAGAAAAUUGGUGAGGAAAUU